GGCUCACGGCUGACUUGCCCUCCCUCGGCCGUGUUGCAGCGCCGACAUGGUGGACCUCCUGCCGCUGAAGCAGAGCGUCGGGGCGCUGCGCGUCCCCCGCGCUCCCCUCGGCCCACCCCCGGGGCCCUCGGCUCCCGACGGCCAGCUCGGCCUGCUCAAGUCGCGGCUGUUCUCUGCGCUGGAGAGCCUGGAGGGCAGCCAGAUCCUGUCCAACCUAUCCUCGCGCCUCGAGACGGCGCUAUCGCUGAGCCAGGACAACACCAGCAGCUCGCCGUCGGCCGCGUGCUCGGCGCGCUCGCCGGACGAGCCGCACGCGAGCGUCGCCGAGGACAAGAGGCAGCCCGCGGGCUCGGAGGACAGCCCGGGCGGGGCCGCGCGGCCCCGCUCGAGCGCGUGCUCCGGCGCGGACAGGGGCGACGCCGAGGGCGCCGAGGACCCCGCCGUCAGCAGGCCGGCCGUGCCGCAGGCCUGCGGGCCCGACCCCUACGAGAAGCUGCACUACAAGAUGGAUGAACAUGUGCUUCACGUUCUACCACGAAGUGGACGUGCCCGGCUGCGAGCCCUACAAGGAGUACCUCUCCGUCUACCUCCGAGAGCAACCCAUCUGGCACUCGCUGCGCUUCUGGAACGCGGCCCUGUUCGACGCUCUGCAGUGCGAGCGCCAGCACGGGGUGGCCACCACCCUGGAGGCCGUCGACGCGGAGCAGGAGUACCAGGAGAACGUGACGUUCGGGCAACUCGGCACUUUUACGUGCAAUAUGCACGCCUUCGGCCUGAGUCGGGAGCUGUGCACCGAGUUCCUGCGCAAGCAGUGCGUCAUAGCCAACCUCCGGGAAGACCAAGAGAAAAUGCUGCGGGACAACGUGGAGAGGAUGUACAGCGAGACGGAGCGGUGGCGAUCGCCGUGAGAGAUAGGCUGCCCGAGAGCGAGAGAGGUGCACAUGCUCAACAUGCGCGCGCAGUGCAUUCCACGGGGCAGAAGCUCAAUCAAAAGACAAGCGUAGGUUUUAAGGAACAAGCUUUCGCCGUUUUCCGUGUUUCGUGUUCGUUUUAAGCUGCUGCUGAUGCUCAUAAAGUUUUAAAGCAGCAAAAACAAGAUCUCCCACCUACCUGGUGGCUGAUUAACCCCGCGCUCGUUUGUUGUUACACUGUCCUGCAUGUAGGCGAGCGAGCGGGUUGACUAUCCGAGUGGGGCCCUAAGGCACCGUGGUCAGUGACGAUAGGCAAACCCGCUAGCAGCCCUGCAUUCGGUGUUACUCCGUAUAUCUAAUAGUGUUCCGGGUUAUUCAU